AUGUCGACAACGCGCUUAGCGCCAGAUGACAACGAAAGGCCUUCAAAACGCUCAAGGGUCGAAGAUGAAGAGCAGGAGUACGAAGAGCAAGAGGAGGAAAUGCCGCAGCAGGCAACAACGGGCCGAGCAGCUGACCAAUAUCUUGAUACGAUAAACCGUGCAGUGCUCGACUUCGACUUCGAAAAAGUCUGUUCAGUUUCUACCACGGACAUCAACAUCUACGGUUGCCUCGUUUGUGGCAAGUACUUCCAAGGACGGGGUCGCAACUCUUACGCGUAUUCACAUUCGAUCCACGAUGACCAUCACGUCUUCAUGAAUCUUCAGACGGCAAAGGUGUUUGUCUUGCCUGAUGGAUAUGGUGUCUCUGACCCUUCGCUUGACGACAUCGCCUUUGUCCUUGCCCCAACAUUUACACGCGCGUCUAUAGCGAGCAUGUCUUCUUCUGCUCAUCUGGCGAAACCUUCGUACGAUUUGAAAGGCAACGCCUAUCUCCCGGGCUACGUGGGUCUGAACAAUAUAAAACGCAAUGACCACAUGAAUGUAAUCAUUCACCUCCUUCUGCACGUCCCGCCACUAAGGGACCACUUGCUUCUCUCCGAUUUCCGGGCCAAAGAGAGUGAGCUAUUGAAACGCUUUGCUGGUUUAGCCAAAAAGUUGUGGAAUCCAAGGCUGUUCAAAAGUCAAGUCAGUCCUCACGAAUUCUUGCAAGAAGUCAAUCGAGCCAGCGUUGGAAAAUUCAGCCUUGAACAACAAGGCGAUCCUGUCGAAUUUCUGGGCUGGCUCCUCAACCGUCUACACAAAGACAGUGGAGGUAGUAAACGGAGAAACUCCAGUAUCAUAUUCUCGACCUUCCAAGGAGAGCUCCGUGUGGAAAAUCAACAGGUGUUAACGCGAUCUGACGCUACUUCCAAUGAACGGCCGCGGUUUGACAUCUCUCGAGAAAUCAAAUCCACCGUAUCGCCGUUCCUCUUUCUUGCCGUCGACCUGCCGCCACCACCGCUCUUUCAGGACUCCGUCGAGAAAAAUAUCAUUCCACAGGUCAACAUCCAUGCCGUGCUGGCCAAAUAUGACGGAAAGACGACACAAGAAUCUGCGGGCCAGCUGCGACGAUACAAGUGCCAGCGUCUGCCGCCGUAUAUCAUUCUUCAUUUCAAGCGUUUUACCAAAAAUCAGUUCGUCGAAGAAAAGAACCCGACGAUUGUCAACUUCCCGUUGCGUGGCCUGGACUUCAGAGACUAUGUCGAUGCACCCCCGUCGGGCGAGUCCACGUUGUACGACCUCAUUGCCAGUGUGACCCACGAAUCGGUAGCUGGGACAACCCGGGACAAGGAGAAUACGGUCUGGAAGGCCCACCUCAGAGCAGCUGGAGGCGGCGGGGACAACGAGAAAUGGUUCAUGAUCCAAGAUCUCAUUGUCGAAGAAGCCCGCAAAGAAAUGAUAUUUCUCGGCGAGACAGUGUUACAGAUUUGGGAACGGAGGGCAGAUGAGGCAAAUCAGGCAAAGGGGACUACAGGAGCCAGAAGUAUGGAUGUCGAUAAGUAA